AUGCCUACGAAUUUUCGUCCUGAAAACCUUGUUAAGCUUCAAAUGCAGAAUAGCAAACUCCAAAAGUUGUGGGAAGGAGUUCAUUCACUUGCAGGGCUCAUGGUAAUGGUAAUGUUUUCAGUGAUGUUUUCUAUGGCCACUAAUCUCCAGGAACUUGAUCUUUCUUAUUGCUCGAGUUUGGUGGAGCUUACUUCCUCUAUUCAGCAUCUCAAUAAACUGAAGUGGCUGUACAUGUCAUACUGUAAAAGUUUGAAGAUUCUUCCCGCAGGAAUGUACCUCCAGUCCCUUGAUCACCUUAAUCUCCGUAGAUGCUCUCGGCUGAAGAUUCUUCCUGAUAUUUCGACAAACAUCUCAACCCUUAUUCUAGACGAAACAGCGAUUGACGACUUCAGUUUUAUCUUUCGUCUUAAGAAACCAAUUAAUCUUGGUUUCUGCAAAACGAAGAUUGAGAAAUUGUGGGCAAUAGAGCAGCCACUUACAUCAAUCAUGACCAUGCUGUCUCCAACUUUAAAGAGAUUGUAUCUCUCAAAUAUCCCAAGUCUGGUGGAACUUCCUUCCUCUAUCCAGAAUUUUCACAAUCUUGAUAUUCUGAAUAUUACAGAAUGCAUAAAUCUGAAGACUCUUCCCACUGGCAUCAAUCUUCAAUAUCUCCGUGACCUUGACUUCACGGGAUGCUCACGUUUGAGGACUUUUCCUGAUAUGUCAAGCAGCAUAAUCCAGCUGUAUGUAGCCCAAACAGGAAUUGUAGAGGUUCCUUUUUGGAUCAAUAAGUUCUCUAAGCUCAAAUACCUAAAUAUGAAGAGCUGCAGCAACUUAGAGCGUGUAUCCCUUAACAUUUAUAAACUGAAUGAACUUUCCGUUGACUUUUCAGACUGUGGAGCAUUGACCGAAGCUAGCUGGACUGAUUGUCCAGAUAAUCUUUUCUCAGAAGUCAGUACUCAUUUCAUCUGCCUAAACUUGGAUCCAGAAGCUCUCCUUCACCAACGUCCAUUUGUUUUUGAGCAAUUGAUCAUGUCAGGUGAACAAGUGCCGUCAUAUUUCACUCACCGUACAACUGGAACCUCCUCCUCCUUAACCAUCCCUCUACCUUCCACUUCUCUCUCGCAACCAUUUUUCCGUCAUAUUUCGUAG